AUGGCAAACAAUUCACACCACUGGCCCGCGACGCCUUCGCAAGGAAUCCCCGUUUCUUCCCUCCUCUCGCCCCCAGAGAUGAAGCGCUCCGAGUCAUUCGGAUCGCUCGCACACUCAAAUUCCGCCACGUCGUUUGGGUCGUUCGCCUCUAUGGACUCGCAGCAAUCCAAGCCGCCUUCAGUGCUUCCCUGGAAUACCUUCCCCACAAAAUCCAACACCACCGCCACAUACGCUCUGGCCUCGCCGCCCAUUUCCCCUUACGAGACCUGCAUGGAAAACGAAAACACGGACAGAAUGGAGGUGGAUGGUGUACGAGACCCGCCGCUCUUCCGUCGCAGCGAGACUGUCAGCUCAAUUGCCGGCGACGAGCCACUGUUCCCUCAGGAACAGGUGGACACGACCUCUCAAGACCUCAUCACGAAGCACAUGAACUCCUCCAAAUUUGCUGCGCUCAAGCACAAGCCUGCCCGCGAAGACUACGAACUCGCCGUUACCUUCGUUUCGAACGUCCACGACCUAUACCGCAAGGACCCCCGGGCUUGGUUCCUGCAAGAGCGAAAGUUUGAUGAGCAAAUCAGCCAGAAAAGAGCUGGCGUGCACAAGAGGGAGCCGCUGAAGAAGUUGGCACCGGCUCCGUCGUCGAGGUCUCAGGCUAAACUGCCCAAGGUCGGCAUCCCACGCCUCCCUCGCUCUCCCCGUGCUCCACGCGUCCAGAAACGCACUCCCAAAGCCCAGGUCUAUGACUCCUUCUCCGAAGCGGGUCCCAGCUCGGUCUCCCCGAAACCUGCACGCCCGGCUGGAACUCGUGAUGACACAGACUACAACUCGCUCCCGGAUUACUCGCCGCCUCUCAGCACGCUCGGCACAGGCAACAGUAGUGCCCUUAAAACGGAGUGGAAAGGCUCUGCUCUCAAGCUCCAUGAUGAUCCCGACCGUCACCUGCUACACGAGGCUGAGAUCCCUCUUGCUGGCACACUUCGCCUGUCUUGUGCCACCUAUCUUUGCAGCAAACGCCGCAUCUUCCAAGCUCGCAUUGAAGCCCUGAAGAUCGGCAAGGAAUUCCGCAAGACUGACGCCCAGCAAGCCUGCAAGAUCGAUGUCAACAAGGCCUCAAAGCUCUGGGCGGUUUACGACAAGGUUGGCUGGUUUGACCCCAAGUAUUUCGUCCGCUUCGUCUAA